AAUGUCAACAUGAAGCUCGGAAGUUACCGCGACGUACUGGCCACUGCUGAACUGAUGGCGUCAAGACAGAGUCGAUCAAUCAACUUCGAGUGUAAGUGGGAUGCCGCCCGCGACGCCUCAAGGCGCGCCAGCAUCAAUGCCGAGGUAACUCGAGUGCCGGGAGGAUACAACGCUAAGUUCGCCGUCAAGUGCCCAAAGCAGGACAUCCGCGGAAGCGUGGCCACAACGAUCGAAGGCAGGGUAGACACGCCACUUCGUGUGAGCAGCCGCGGGGAGCUCGAGUGGAUGCCACGCAAGAAGAUGACUUACGCUACAAGCCUGGACUGGAACCCCGACUACAGGCGACGCGCCCUCAAGGCCGACGCCCAGAUUACUACCCCGUUCUACUCUGUCGACAAAAUCGGUUUCGUGUUGACGCACAACGACGACGGCCGCGAGUGGAACACGGAAGCCAAGAUGACACUGCCAAGAAACCGCGUUCUCGCUCUUUCCACCGAUGGUCUCUUCCAGUCAGACCGAGCCCGCAGAAACGCCCAAGCGACAGUGAAACUUCAGACGCCAUACAAUAGUCAGUACAGCCUGGAAGCUGUUCACGCGGCUACCUACUACGACACUAACAACAAGAUUUCUCUUCGGUGGGCCGAAGACAAGGUUCUUUCCGCCGAAGUCAGUGGCGCCUACGGCCGCGGAUUCCUGAGGGCUAAGGCCGAGGCCUUGACUCCCGUACCAGGGUACGAGAGGCUGACCGCUUCACUGGAGCACACACACGCGCCUGAAAGCAUCAAGUGCCAGGCUGUCGCACAGUGGACCAGCUACAAACGAAUUACUCUUGACAUUGAUGGACAGGUGAACAGGAAUGGUGAGAAAGGCAGCCUCGAUGGAAAGCUGCGUGUAACGACACCGUUCCAGGGUGCGGAGCAACUGACGUCGCAGCUCAGCUUCAGUAACGACGCGCGCAAGACUGUCGCCGACUUCGAGGCCACCCGAAACAGGGAUAAGAUUGCCGGCGGAUUCAUGAUGAGUCUCUCGAAGUCGCGUUACGAUGUAGCCCGUGAAAUGAAAAUACAUCUUGCGAGCCCAAUGUACGGAUACGAAAACCUCGAAGCAAGCGGAUCGUACUCCAUGGACCCGGAGAAGUUCAACGCUGUCUUCGCGGCACGACUCCCCUACAACAAGAAGGUGUCGGUGCGAAGCCAAGGGAGAAUUGGAUCCAUCCACGACUUCACUUCGCUAAUCCACAUCCAGCUACCGGUGCGCAACUACGAACGAAUUAACCUCGAGGUCUCCCACGCCGCCACAAAUCGCAACGUUAAGUCCACUGGUCAUCUCGUCGUUGGACCUAAGAAGUUCACCUUGGAAGCGAACGGUGACUACGUGUUUGGUCGAGGAAGCCAUGAAAUCACGGGUAAAAUGCUCAUCACAACGCCAAUGCGGGACUACCAACAGAUAAGCAUUGACUUGAAGCAGACGAGAGCAGGCAUCAACUAUGACACGAGCUUCCAGUGUACAAGCAGCAGCUCGUCGCUUACCUUGAACCACCACCUCAUGAUUCGAGACAUCGGAAACUUCGAGCACAAUCUUGAGUUGUCAACGCCAUUCACUUCCCUACCAAUGCUAAACAUCAGGAACAAGAAUCAGGUCCAAAGGAAUAUAGUCUACCACAGCAGCGAAAUGGAAUGGCAAAACCGUAAGAGGCUGUCACUGACGAUCGAUGCUUCUGCCACACAAUCUCGGUACGCCAACGAAGCGGAGGCCAAAAUUGAAAUGUUUUCCCCGUGGCGUGUCCUUAACACUGCUAGCGUAAAUGCUAAGUACAGUUCUAACAGCCAGGAAAUCGCACCAAAAAUUAAAUUGGAAUGGAACCGCAACAACUUCAUUUCAGUUGAUGGUACGCUCAGAGCACGAGGCUACCUUGUUGCUGAAGGCAAGCUAGCACUGUCUAGCACGAUCAGGCCACUCCAAGCUAUAACGCUUAACGCGAAAUAUGACAUCGCCAACGAGCAGAAGUCUGGCGAAAUGUCCGUACAAUGGGAUCCCCGGCCCGAAAAUACCAUCACUCUCACAGCCACGGGUUCGCACAAACCUCGCAGCGCCGACAUCGAUUUCUCUCUUACCACUCCCAUUCGAGGCUACGAACGGAUCCAACUGCUAGGAAACAUGGCAGCUGACGAGCGAAAAAUAAACGGAAUGGUGUCGCUCGCGUCGCAGUGGAAAAAAUACGAACUAACCGCUGAGCUGAAGAACACGCGCUCCGGUUCUGCCAUAGAAAUGUCGCUGAACACUCCUCUCCGUGGCCUUGAGAAGCAAAAGCUGUAUGGCGAUUAUAACCUUCACUCCGACAAGAUAACCUCGAGGAUCAACGCGGAAUGGCAAGGAAAGACGAUCAAUGCCGAGUCCGAAGUGCUGAAAACUGAGAGUGAAGUAAAGGCAAACGUUAUCAUCAACACGCCAUUCCAGGUGAUGAGAAACAUUCACGUGACUCUCAGCGGUAGCUCUAUCCCAACCUCCAAGACUAUUUCUGGUACAGUUCAAUUGGACCAACAAAAGUUUGAGCUUAAUGGUCUUUUGGAUACUUCCGGCCGCUCGGUAAAGCUAGAGUUCCGCAGCCCCAUUGAAAGCAUGGAAUUGCUUCAGUUUAACAGCGACCUCCAACAAGACAGCCGAAGCAUCAAAGGUAAUCUCUCUCUGCGUUGGUCUCCAAUUAGCGCCAUCACGCUAAAAACUGAAUCGGUGGCUCCAUUUUCUUACGACAUCUUUCUGACGACUCCCUUCGAAGGAUACCGCCGGUUGAGUCUAAGCACUUCCCUCGACCUCGCUCGAGAAAACAAGAGAGCAAGUAUUGUACUGGCAAAAGAGAACCAAAAGAUUUCUUUGACGGGAUCCGGUGCUUACACUGAACGGGAGUCGCGCAUUGACAUUGACUUGGCAACCCCUAUUGAGGCCUUGGAAUUUGUGAAAAUAUCCGGAGAGCUCAAGUCGAACGGCAUCAGUGACGUAAAGGGUUCCCUCGUGCUUAAGUCUCCCACCAGCCUCCUCGGUGACGUGAACUUCCUUGCUGAAUACCAGAAACUGGAGCAGCUGGAGCGAUUGCUGCUGGCUUCAAACGCCGCCUCCUGGAAGUACGAGAUUAGUGUCAGACGGUCAUUUAAUGAGGCUAGCCUUUAUACCGAGUACUCACCUAUCAACAAGAAGAGCUCCAUCUUGGAUAUAAACAUAAAGAAUGAAGGUUUGAAGGUUAUUACCGGGAACUUUUUGCUUUCUCAUAACGGACGAGAUCACUCCUUCGUGUUGAACUUGAAAAACAAUGGUCCUUACGAAGGUUCCAUUGAAAUUAAGUGUCCCAACUUGCCCGGAAACAGAGCAGCUUUCAGCUACGUCGUGAACGCUCCCAGUAAAGACUACGUAGAUUUCAAGAUAACAGGCGAGCACUCAUUGAAGACGCACGUCAUCGAGGGCAGCUUCGAGAACAAGCUCUCCGACAUAGAGACGCAGAUCAGACUGAACUGCCCUCUUCUUCGGCAGGGACCCGCGGCUGCGCGUCUUCUGCUGUCAUCGCGGAGCCGCGACAGCGUUAAAGCUGUGCUCAGCUUGGGCUUCGAACGCGACAUGAACACCAUCAGCGUCGAAAGUAACUGGGACCACCGAAUGGCAAAGGGUAAGCUGGACAUUGAAUCCAACUACCUGCUCGGUAACACCCUCAAGGCUGAAGGCGAAAUCACGACGAGCCGGCAAGGAGCUGUCCUCUCCGUCACUGUUGAGAACGCCCGAGACACCCAUCGGCUCACCGGAAACUGGAAGCGCCUUUCUGGAACCGCCGACGCGCAGCUCAGCAUCGAGUCGCCAUUGCUCAGCUCCAGGACCUUGACUGGAAGUUUCAACUUCAGAAAUGACAACAGGAGUGGCCGCAUCGAAUGCUCGCUUAUCUUCUCCACACCGCGCGAAACCUUCAAUACCUUCGUGGCCUUGUCGGCACGUGACCUCAACGCAAUGGAAGGCAACGUGAAAAUUGAAACACCUUUUGAGAUUCUUCGCUUCGCCGACGUGAAUGCCAGAUUUAGCAAUGUGCAAAACAGAGCUAUUGACUGGUCCUUGACCAUGAAGUCUUCGGCCUCCUGGCUUCAAAACGCGGAUCUAUCGGGAAAACUGCGAAAACAGGAAGGAUCCGUGGAGGCCACUAUCCAAGGACGCCUACCCACCAGAACGCUCUCCAACUUCGAGUCAACUUUUGCAUGCACACACAACAGCGACUUCACAACCAUGUCGCCUCGGUUGAGCAUCGUUAUCCCUGGCAUCACCUACACAAGCGAAGCUGAAAUCCGGCUCUACCCCCGCGACUACUCCAUCAGCGCGAGCCACGAGUGGGGACCACGUCGCAAAAUCCUGGCUACUCUCGCUGUGAAGAAGCCGAAUGGAGCUUUCAGCGUGCAGACGACCCUUUCCACGCCUUUCCGGAACAUGGAGCGUAUUGAGGCAGGCAUGACGUGUGGUCGGGAAGGAGAAAAGCGAACGUUCCGGGCGACAUACAAGGGACCGAGGAACGAGCUGUACGAACUGAAGCACGCCAACAGCUACCACGGACCACUCAACUUCCUCUUCGACAACAGCCUCGUCACUCCUCACGUAGGCUUCCGCUCCGUGCAGUUCAAAGUUCUGCAGCAGAGCAGUCGUUCCCGUCUGGUAACCGACAUCCAGUGCAACCUCGACGUUGCGAAGGCCACCUUGAGCGUCGACCACGACCGAAGAGACCUCAAAGGCAGCAUCGUGGCGACCUCCAGCGCACCGCAGCUUCGCACUCUCCGGGCAACGUAUGAGCUCAGCCUCUACAAAGUGGACGGCGAAGUUAACCUCAAUGACGAGAAGGUUCUCAAGAUUGCCGGUGCUGCCGAGUACGUGAAAAGUCUUCGCGCUCACAGGUGCGAGCUCGCUGUUCACGUGCCAGCUCUGCGUCUCGCAAUCGAAGGAGGCUACAAACCCGUCAACUCCGGCAAGGAAUUCAGCGCCAAGUUCAACUCGGCUCGGCGCAGCAUCGAACUGCAGACCCUGUGGCAGAACCACCCCUACAGUUUCGCCCAUCAGGCGUCGCUAAAAUGGGGUCAGGACCGCGGCGAGGAAUUCUCCUACGAUCUCAGAAGUACCCGCAGUACGCGGCGCGACCUGACCAACACGGACGUGUCGUGCAAGGUGAACUUCCCCCUGAGGUCCUUCGAGGUGCGUGCCAGCCAAAGCCAGAGGAAGAACGUCAACAGCUUGUCCUGCGAGCUCUUCUGGGACGCCGCCCGCGACCAGAGUAAACACGUGACCUUGACGAUGGAACACCAGAACCUCAGCAGCAGAUCGGCCUGGGCGCACAAGAUUUCUGCCUCCGUCAAGCACCCAAGGCUUAACAAGGACAUCACAAUGCGCCUCGAAGGUUCCGUGAGCGGCGAAGAAGUGCACGGCAAGACGGAGCUCGAGUACUCGGCCGACGCCCGCCACAACGUGAUGCUCGAGGGGCGCCUCAAGAACCACGGCCGGUCUCACCUGAGCGCCGAGCUGACCGCUCGCCAGCCUGUGUCCCUGAUGGACAUUCGCACCGUGGCCGAACUGAAGAACGGCCGGGACGAGGCCUCGGCGCAGGUCACCAUCAACUACAUGAACCGCAACCGCCAGAUGCGCGUGCAGGAGCUGAAGGCGUCCAUCUUCAAGCUCCGCCAGGCCAUCGAUGUGCUUCUCCGAAGCGGACGCGACAACAACCAGCUCAAGGGUGAAAUGUACGAUCGAGGCCAGGAAUUCGGCAUGUCCCUGCAGCACCAGCUGAACGAGCUUCCGCCAACCAAGACGCACCUGCGGGUGAACAAGAGGCACAGCAAUAUGGAGCUCGUGUUCACGGGAUCUGACGCGUCGACGGCCAAGAUGUCAGCCACGGCUUCGAUGGACAAGCGCGAGAUUCGGCUGUCCCACACGACACUGGGACGCAGCGUGUCCGACAUCCUGAUCAAGCUCGGCCUGAAGGAGAAGCGUUUCCUGUCAUCCGAGAUCAGCUGGAGGCCCGAGCUCGCCAGAGAGGCUUCGGACUACGCCAUGGCCAAGUACGGCAGCAUGCGCAACCAGCUUUACGACAUCUGGCAGAGCUUCAGCGCCGAGACUGAGCAGGAAGUGCGUGCCAAGCGCCACAUGAUGGGACAGUCCAUCAGCGCCGAGAUGCGGCCGCUGCUGCAGGACAUCGCCAACGACUGGCGCGCUCUGCAGUUCGAGGUCAAGAGAGCCGUCGAGACCCUCAAGGAGCUCUACCGCAUGGACCAGUUCUACCUGAAGACCGUUGUGAACACCUGCUCGGGAGUCGUCGUUGCUGCCGGGCAAAUGGUUGCCGACACCUAUCGCCUGGUGGCUACCGUGGGCGACUACGUGAUGCGCUACGCUUCAAACUGGCUCACGUUUGCGUGCGAGAAGAUCGCUGACAUCAUGGAGCGCUUCGCCGAGUCAAGCCGCCGGACGCUCAUCUUCGCCGAGCGUCUGCUGAUCGUGAGCAUCAACCGCGCAGCCCUCGCCCUCUCCGAUGCCACCGAGUACCUCGUGUUCAAGCUGGAGAAACUGAUGAGCAGCAUCGCCGAGAAGGUGGUCAACUUCUGCGAGCGCUAUGGUCCCUCAACGGCUGGUGCCCGCGACCUCCUUUACAGAGUCGCGGAGGCCAUCUCUUCGUACGCCAGCCCGCUGGCCGAGCGCAUCAUGAAGAACGCCCUGGUGCAAGGAAUGUGGCGCUACAUGGAGCGCGUCAUGGCCACGCUGAACGCGUUCGACGUCGAGUCCGUGACCAGGGGCUACCGCUACGCCUACGACACCGUGAGCAACGCUGUCGGCGAUGUGUACGAGAACGUCGUGUACCACCCGCACGUCCAGUACGUCAGCGAUGUCACCCACAGCGCCAUCAGGAAGAUCCGUGACGUGAGUGACCAGCUGGGUCUACACGACAUGGCAGCAGCCAUGAUCGACAUGGGCGCCCAACAGAUCCAGGACAGCAUCGUCGAGGGCUUCACGGACGCUGUGCGCGAGUACUCUAACCUGCGAUCGGGGCUGCGCUACGAGUUCGCGCCGCAGCGCGGAGUCAUCCUCGCCGAGGUCCGGCUGCCCGGGCAGAAGGACAGUCUGCGUCAGGCCCUGGACGUGACCAGCUACCCCGAGUUCGACCGCCUGGUGGCCGUCAAGGACCGCUUCUACGACGUGGGAACCAACUCGAUGUGGGACGCCUACUACCAGUACAGUCGCAUCGCUGACCCACAGACAUGGAUGCCGCCUUUCAAGGCCCGUGCCUUGGUUGCGGGCUCUCAACACUACCGCACCUUUGACGGCUUCCACUUCGAGUUCGCCGGCGAGUGCAGUUACCUGCUCGCCAAGGACUUCCUCAACGACAACUUCGCCGUGGUGAUCAACUACGCACGCGACGGACAGCGGGUCACCAAGAAGUCCAUCACCGUGAUGACCGACGGCAGCCGAUUCGACAUCAGCACCGACUACAAGGUCACCAAGGCCGGCAGCAAGAUCGAGCUGCCCGUCCAGGUGGGAAGCACCACCAUCCACCGCGAGGGUCACGUGAUCACCGUCGAGAACGAGCGCGGCCUGAAGAUCAGCUGCAACCUGGCGUACGACCAGUGCGUGACGGAGGUGACCGGCGACUACUUCGGCAAGACCGGCGGCCUUCUGGGAACGUACGACUACGAGGACAAGCUGGACCUCAUGACGCCCGACAGGAAGAUCGUGGACGACGCGACGGCGUUCGCCAGCGAGUGGGAAGUGGGCCAGGGACGGUGCCGCAGCCAGAGGAACCUCGCCGAACCGGCCGCCACCCACCCGACGGCGACUGCGCUGUGCGCCAAGUACUUCGAGAACGAGGACUCUCCACUCCGCAGCUGCUUCAAGAUGGUCGACCCUAAGCCGUACAUGAACAUGUGCCUCUACGACAUGAGCUCGGCCGGUUACAGCGACAUGGAGCGGAAGGUGUGCGUCAGCGCUGCCGCCUACAGGGAAGAGUGCCGCGAGUUCGGAAUUCCCCUGGACAUGCCCAGGACCUGCGUGCGUUGCUCGAAGCCCGACGGUGUAGAGAUGCUGGCCGGUGACAUCGCCACCAUCACAGACCAGGACUCGCACGCCUCCACCGCCGACGUGAUCUUCGUCGUGGAGCGCAAGGUGUGCAACAAGAACGUCAUCCCCAACCUGAUGCGUCUGGCCCAAAGCAUCGAGGAGCGGUACGCGGCUCGCGGCUUCGUCGACACCCGCUACGCCGUGGUGGGAUUCGGCGGCGACGGCUUCGCCGAGCAGCCCCACGUCGUGACGGCCGACGGCCAGAUCUUCAGCAGCAUCCGCGCCCUGGUGUCCGCUUUCGGAAGCCUCACCAUCGGCAAAGGCGAGAGCGACCCGUUCGCGGCGCUCGCCUACGCCGGCCAGCUGCCCGUCAGGAUGGCCUCGGCGCAGACCAUGAUCCUGGUCAAGUGCACGACAUGCAAGCCCGAGGAUGACAGCUCUGUGUACGCCGACAUCUACCGCAUGCUCAUCGACCGCGGAGUCCACCUGCACAUUCUGGACGACGACGACUUCAACGUGCGCACGGCGUCCAAGCCGUCGAAGAGCAAGCGCAUCUUCGGCGUCGACCGAAGGCUGGCCUUCACGGUCAAGGACAUCAAGGACAUGCAGGGUGACGCCGAGCUCCACUCCCAGAUCCGGCUGCCCAAGGACUUCUGCGUGCCGCUCGCCCUGGAGAGCAACGGAACCCUGUUCAGCUCGAUGAAGAUGUUCGAGAAGCGCGCAGUCAACAAGAAGUUCGUGGACGUGAUGGCCCGGCGCGUGGCCGCGUCCAGCGCUCCCGACUGCCAGAUCUGCGAGUGCGUCAGCCUCGAAGACGGCGUCGGCCAGUCGCUCUGCUCCCGCUGCGUGUCGCCCACGCUGGGACCCGUCAGAUCGCCUGACUUCUCGCCAAUGAUGUACGAGGAAACGGUGGAGCGGAAAACCUACAAGAGGCCGAAGACCAAGAAGCUACGGACACAGAGCCUGAAAUGAGCGUAUUUUUAAAGCAAUUAAUUAAACAAUGCGCUACUGCGAGAGACUGGGAGAAGGAAGUCACUAUCAUUGUGAUGGAUACCUGGAGAAUGUGUAGCACAUAGAGGCUGAAUUCAUCGCGUUUUAGUUUUUCACAUUUAUUACUCCUACGUUGCAUUUGCUAUUGAAUCCUCUUUUACAAUAAUGAAUUCAGCCUUUUCCCUCUCUCGGACUCUACCGCCGCUUUACAUUUAUUGCCACCAGCCCCACCGCGAGAUGUUCAAUGCAAUAAAGAUGUGGAUAAAAAAAAACGAAACUGUACAACGACGUAAGUGUACAUCUUGUGUAUAGCCGUGUAGCAUCGAUAUAGUGGACGCCCCACCACUUUGUAAAUUUUAGCGCAAGCUUGAGUAUGUAGGAAGUGCUUAAACAGGGAUGGGGGUGACAAUGUCAUGUUCCGUGUUCCUGGAUUUUUUGUCCUAUAUACACUGGCUGGCUGAAAUUAUUUCGAGGAGUUGCAUCGUGUUUGUGUCGAUUUGGUUCACAGGCAUCACUCGAAAUUUUAGUUCCUUGUGUAAGCAGCUUUAUUAACCUUCAUGCUUGUCUGUAAUCUAGCACAUAGUUUUUUUUAUGUUACCAUCCGUGUGGGACGACGUUAGCGCAAUCGGGGCGAAAAGAACUGCCGCAGGAAGUGACACGUGAUGUCAUGGCCCCCCCGCGCGGAGCAGCUUUCCAAUGCUGUCGUCAGCUGCUGCAAUGACCAAGAUUCAAGAAGAUGGACAAAUACUGGCGGCGGAUUCGUAGUGUGUAGGCGUGCCAUUUCGAAGAAGAAUAGGCAAUAAAGAGUUGUAUUUAUGA